AUGGCGACGGUAGCCAAGGAACCGGCAGCUGCCGAGAAGAAGCAGCGGCCCAAUGCGCUGCGAUCAAUCAUUGCUGGCUCAACCGCCGGUGCGAUCGAAAUCGCCAUUACCUAUCCCGCCGAAUUCGCAAAGACAAGGUCUCAGCUCAACAGACGGCUAGCAGAGGGCAAGAAGCUGCCAUGGCCACCCUUCGGAGCGCAGUGGUAUGCGGGAUGCACCACGCUCAUCAUCGGCAACUCUGCCAAGGCGGGAAUCCGAUUUGUUGCGUUUGACCAGUUCAAGAGCAUGCUGGCCGACGAGAACGGGAAGCUCUCUGGCCCGCGAACUGUCUUGGCCGGCUUCGGUGCCGGUGUCACAGAGUCGCUGCUCGCCGUCACCCCCACCGAGAGUAUCAAGACGACUCUCAUCGACGACCGCAAAUCCGCCAAGCCUCGCAUGCGCGGUUUCCUCCACGCCGUCCCCAUCAUCGCCCGUGAACGCGGUAUCCGCGGUUUCUUCCAGGGCUUCGUCCCCACGACAGCUCGCCAGGCGGCAAACAGCGCUACCCGCUUCGGCGCCUACAACUUCUUCAAGCAGAUCGCCGAGUCAUAUACUGCGCCGGGAGAGAAGCUCGGCACCCUGGGUACCUUUGCCAUGGGCGGUCUUGCAGGCCUAGUGACGGUGUAUGUGACUCAGCCGCUCGACACAGUCAAGACGCGCAUGCAGAGUAUCGAGGCGCGGAGCCAGUACGGCAACACGUUCAGGUGUGCUGCCAUGAUCUUUAAGCAGGAGGGCAUUCUCACGUUCUGGAGCGGAGCGCUUCCCCGGCUGGCCAGAUUGGUGCUCAGCGGAGGCAUUGUGUUCACCAUGUACGAGAAGAGCAUGGAUCUAAUGAACAGGCUAGACCCCGAGAUGAAGUACAUCUAA